GCCUGCUAUCAUUUCCGGGAGUGCAAGCAGUGAGCAAAUUUGCUAAUGUUAGCUUCCCCAUUUAUUUCGUUUUAUUAAACUCCCGUACUUCAACAUAAAGGGAAAUAAGUAUUACAGUUAUAUUAGUGUUUGACCCACGUGUGAAACCGAGAAAGUGCCGUGCGCGUUAUGUUGUCAUAAAAGUUAGUCUAAGCGCGCUUAGUUUGCUAGCAUUAGCAUCAGAGUCCCGAGGUAGCUUUAUGGCAGUGCAGAGUUGUGCUAUUUCUAGCCAACUCCAAAAUGAAGAUUGCCUCACAUGGGAGGCCAUGAAGAGCAUUCUGGUCUGCUGUAGUAGUUGAGAAGGCCAGCAGCUCACCACGAACAUGGAGAAGAUGUCCCGGGUCACCACAGCUCUUGGCAGCAGUGCCAUCAGCGGUCGAACCAUGUUCUGCCACUUGGACGCCCCCGCCAACGCCAUCAGUGUGUGCCGUGACGCCACACAAGUGGUGGUGGCCGGCCGUAACAUCUUCAAGAUCUAUGGCCUGGAGGAGGAGCAGUUUGUGGAGAAGCUGAAUCUGCGUGUGGGUCGCAAGCCCUCUCUCAACUUCAGCUGCGCUGACGUCAUGUGGCACCAAAUGGAGGAGAACUUGCUGGCCACCGCUGCUACCAACGGCGCCGUGGUGACGUGGAACCUGGGGAAACCGUCUCGCAACAAGCAGGACCAGCUGUUCACCGAGCACAAGCGUACGGUCAAUAAGGUGUGCUUCCACCCCACAGAGGUGUACAUGCUGCUGAGCGGCUCGCAGGAUGGCUUCAUGAAGUGUUUUGACCUGCGCAAGAAGGAGUCUGUUAACACUUUCUCAGGCCAGUCAGAGAGUGUGCGGGACGUUCAGUUCAGCAUGAAGGAUUAUUUCACAUUCGCUGCUUCUUUUGAGAAUGGAAACGUCCAGCUGUGGGACAUCAGACGGCCCGACCGCUACGAGCGAAUGUUCACCGCCCACACGGGCCCGGUAUUCUGCUGUGACUGGCACCCUGAUGACAGGGGCUGGUUGGCCACAGGAGGCAGAGAUAAGAUGGUGAAGGUGUGGGACAUGACUACAAAUCGUGCCAAAGAGGUCUACUGCGUCCAAACCAUCGCCUCAGUGGCACGAGUCAAGUGGCGUCCAGAGAGGAAGUUCCACCUGGCCACCUGCUCCAUGAUGGUGGAUCACAACAUCUACGUGUGGGAUGUGCGAAGACCGUUCAUCCCCUUCGCCACCUUUGAGGAGCACAAAGACGUGACCACUGGUAUUGUAUGGCGCCACCAGCACGACCCUCACUUCCUGCUGUCGGGCUCAAAGGACAGCACGCUCUACCAGCACAUGUUCAAGGACGCUACACGGCCUGUGAAUAAGGCCAACCCUGAAGGUCUCUGCUUUGGCCUUUUUGGUGACUUGGCCUUUGCAGCCAAAGAGAGUCUAAUCAGCGGUGAUGCCAACAGAAAGCCUUACCCCGGAGGUGACCGCCGCUACCCCAUCUUUUUCUUCAAGAGGCCCGACCCGACAGAACAGUUCGCCCAUGUGUCAAGUGCCCUCGCUGUCUUUGAGACGGACUUGGACAGUAACCGCAUGGACUGGUUUGUGAAGACGGCACAACUCUACCUCCUCAGUGGAAAGCCCUUUGCCGAGCUGUGUGAUCACAACGCCAAUGUGGCUCGCCAGCUCAAAAGACCUCAGGUUUCCACAACAUGGACCAUGCUGAGGAUCAUGUUCUCCGACCCAGCAAACAUCACUACUCCUGGGCUGAACCACAACCUCAGUAAACUGGGCACCUUACCUCUAAUGAGCAGUUUCAGCAUGAAGGAGAUUGGCAAUGAGAGCAGACUGGAGCGCAGCAAAGGAGACAACAGACAGGACAACGUCCACUUGGAGCCUGAAAACAUCAGCAACAAUAAUGAAGAAAAUGAGGAGACUGAGGGCAGCGAGGGCCAGGCUGAAUACAUGUUUGGAGAUGCUGAGCUAGAUGAUGAUGACCUUUAUACCAUGGAACAUGACAACCAGACAGAGGAACAGGAGUGCACUCUCCCCCAGGAGGCUUUCCAGCUGCGUCACGACAUCCUGGACAACCCGUCCGCUCCCGAGCACCUUCAGCAAGACAAGGCCGACUCGCCGCACGUCAGCGGUAACGAGGCUGAGGUCACGUGUCUGACACCCAUCGAGUCCUUCUCCCUCAUCUCUAUCUCCCAGCCUCUGUUCACGCCCCAUCUGCCCGCCAGCUUCUUUUGCCCCAUCGUGCGCGAGAUGCUGAGCUACUAUGCCGAGCAAGGCGACGUGCAGAUGGCCGUGUCUGUGCUCAUUGUCUUGGGAGAGCGGAUACGUAAAGAAAUUGAUGACCUCACCCAGGAGCACUGGUACAUGUCCUAUAUCGACCUGCUGCAGCGUUUUGAGCUGUGGAACGUGUCCAACGAGGUCAUCAAGUUGAGUAUGUGCAGCGCCAUCACUUGUCUGAAUCAGACGUCGACUACACUGCACAUCAACUGCAGCAACUGUAAACGGCCAAUGAACAACAGGGGCUGGAUUUGUGACAGGUGUCACCAGUGUGCCAGUGUGUGCGCCGUGUGCCACCAUGUGGUGAAGGGACUGUUUGUGUGGUGCCAGGGCUGCAGCCAUGGUGGUCACCUGGAACACAUCAUUAACUGGCUCAAGGGCAGUGCCCACUGCCCCGCAGGUUGCGGACACAUGUGUGAGUACACCUGAAUUCACCACGGACAGCCCCCACCCACACACACCAGCUUCGAUCACACUGUCACACACACAGCCUGCCUUUCUAAUGACCUGGAUGAAUGAGAAUAUUCACAGGCAUAGACCUGAAUGACUGAAGGUACAAUCCCAAAAUAAAUCAUGUUUGUAUUUGAAUCUAAGGAUUUGUAUAUAAACAAAUUAUUUUUUCACAUGCCUUGAGCAUUUUACAUAAACACCGUAUACACCGUAUACACCGUAUACACCUUAUACACCGUAAAUUCCGGUACGUAAGCUGCACUGGUAUAUAAGCCGCACCCACUAAAUUUAGAGCAAAAAAAGAUUUGUACAAAUAUAAAGCCGCACCAGACUAUAAGCCACAGGUGUGCAUGUCAUAAAAUGGAAUAUUUUGUGCAUAGAAAGAUUUUUUGAACUUUGAAUAAAAUAAAUGCUUUUGUGGUGCAACACAGCUAUUUAAAAAGUGCAAAACAGUACACGACUAGUUAAAAUAGUGCACUAUUCGGCAUGUAACGUAGAAAACAGCAGCCUACCAGAAAAGUCAUUCAUCGCCGCCCUUUUGGGAACUAAAACCACUUGUUUUCUGUCAUUAGAGGUGUAAUUCACAUUUGCACCACUAGAUGGUACUCAAGUAUAGUAUACCUAUGUGAGCCACAUUAGUUUGAGACAAGAAGUUGCCUGUAUGCAUGUUGCUGGCAGAGUUGCAAGCUGUUGACAGUAAAAGAUGUUUAAGAUCACCCAUGUUGUUGCUCUUUAUGUUUCAAGAAAACAUCACAUCUUCCUCUUCCGUGUCAGAAUUGAACAGCGUCAUAAUUCCUUUGUCACACAUGUCGUCGGUCUCUCUCUCUUUCGGUGUCGCUCUGUGUCCUCCUCUUCAUCUGGCAGUAGUCUUCCCUUCGA